AUGACAAGUUUUCCAGACAUUAUUAAAAUUCUCGUUCUUAGGCCCAAUGAAUUUACCGCAACUCACGCGCAAGACGCGUUAGAGAUGAUGAUGGAGCAACGAGCGACAUCAGCUCAAGUUUCUGCUUUUUUGGUUGCCUUGAAGUUAAACAAAAAAGAUGAAGAUCCAGAAAUAGUUGCUGCUUGUUCUGAAUCUUUACAUAAAUUUGCCAUGAAAAUAGAUUUUUCAGCGUAUGAUGGCUUGCAGGAUUCUCUCAUUGAUGUGGUUGGAACUGGUGGCGAUGGAAUGAAUACUUUUAAUGUAUCAACCACUACAGCAAUAGUCAUUGCCGGUGCUGGGUGCAAAGUAGCUAAAUUUGGUAACAGAGCUGCUUCAUCACAAUGUGGAUCUGCGGACAUUCUUGAAAAAAUUGGAUGCGAAAUCACGAAUGUAACACCUUCAAAAGUUCCACAUAUAAUUAAUUCUACAAAUUUUUGCUUUCUUUUCGCGCCAACUUUUCAUCCUGCUGUAAAGUAUGUGGGGAGCACGCGACGCGAAAUUCUUAUACCAACUAUAUUCAAUUUAUUAGGGCCUUUGAGUAAUCCAGCAAGGCCUAAAAGAGUUGUAAUAGGUGUAUAUUUAAAGUCUUUAGGAAAACUAGUAGCUGAUGCAUUGGUAUUAAAAGGAGUCAAGGAAGCCAUGGUAGUUCAUGGUGAUAUUGGAUUAGAUGAAAUCAGUCCUGAGGGCCAAACCUUCGUUUGGCAUAUUUCAAAUUCCGUUAUAAAAGAAUACAUUGUAACACCAUCCGACUUUGGGUUGCCUAGUCAUCCAAUAAGUGCAGUUAAGGGAGGUACUCCUAACGAGAAUGCAGAACUUUUAAUUCAACUGCUCUCUAAUAAAUACGAAGGACCGAUCUUAGAUUUUGUACUUUUAAAUUCUUCUGCUGCAUUGGUUGUUUCUGGGCUGGCCAAAGAUUUUAAAGAUGGUGUUAAAUUAGCGCGUGAAAGUAUUAUAAAUGGUAGUGCUAAAAAUGCGCUUGAAGAAUUCAAGAGGCUAAUAAGGAAUGAGAACUAG